GCUGACCGACACAUCCGUCAACCGGAGCGCGUUUGGCUGUCUUUUCUGCUGCUCUCCAUGUUUUAAGAUUACAAAAAGAAGUAAAAAAUAAAAAUAUAAAAAAGUCGUCGGCAUGGCAAACACGUCGGAUCCCAUCAAAGACUUCGAAAAAUGGAAGAAGAAAUACAACGUGAAGAAAGCUCGCGUCAAGCGUGAACGGCGCCAGACGAAGAAGCCAGAGUGGCAGGUCGAGCGAGAGAACAUCAAGCGGCUGGUGAGCAAGUACGCCGACAUCGACACCAGGGAAGUGGUCAAGUUCUCCGACUUCCCUAUUUCCAAGAAGACCUUGUUAGGGCUGCAGGAGUGUCAGUACAGGCUGCCCACCGAGAUCCAGAGGCAGACGGUCGGCUUGGCCUUGCAGGGAAAAGACGUGCUGGGGGCCGCCAAGACCGGCUCGGGAAAGACGUUAGCCUUCCUCAUCCCGGUGCUGGAGUGUCUGUACCGCCAGCAGUGGAGCUCCGUGGACGGCCUGGGCGCCCUCAUCAUCUCCCCGACCAGGGAGCUCGCCUACCAGACCUUCGAGGUGCUCCGCAAGGUGGGCAAGAACCACGACUUCUCGGCGGGGCUCAUCAUCGGCGGCAAGGAGCUGAAGGGCGAGUCGGAGAAGAUCCGCCGCACCAACAUCGUCAUCUGCACCCCGGGCCGGCUGCUGCAGCACAUGGACGAAACGGCCGCCUUCCACGCCACUGACCUGCGCGUGCUGGUGCUGGACGAAGCCGACCGAAUCCUGGACAUGGGCUUCGCCGACACGCUCGACGCCAUUGUGGAGAACCUCCCCGAGAGCCGCCAGACGCUGCUGUUCUCCGCCACGCAGACCAAGUCGGUCAAAGACCUGGCCCGCCUCAGCCUCAAGGAGCCCGAGUACGUGUGGGUGCACGAGAAGGCUAAGUUCAGCACGCCGGCCACGCUGGAGCAGAGCUACGUGGUGUGCGAGCUCCACGACAAGGUCAACGUGCUCUUCUCCUUCAUCCGAAGCCACCUGAAGAAGAAGAUUUUGGUGUUCUUCGCCUGCUGCAAGGAGGUGCAGUACCUGUUCCGCAUCUUCUGCCGCCUCCGGCCGGGCGUCCCCGUGCUGGCGCUGCACGGCAAGCAGCGGCAGAUGAAGCGGGUGGAGGUCUACGACGACUUCCUGCGCAAGAAGAACGCCGUGCUCUUCGCCACGGACGUGGCCGCCAGGGGCCUGGACUUCCCCGCCGUCAACUGGGUUCUGCAGUACGACUGCCCCGAGGACGCCGACACCUACAUCCACAGGGUGGGCCGCACGGCGCGCUACAAGGAGGGCGGCGAGGCCCUGCUGCUGCUGCUGCCCUCCGAGGAGAAGGGCAUGAUUGCCCGGCUGCGGGAGAAGAAGGUGCCCGUCGACAAGAUCCAGGUGAAUCCAGAGAAGCUCCAACAAGUUCAGCAGAAGCUGCAGGCCUUCCUGGCUCAGGAGCAGCAGCAGAAGGAGCGGGCGCAGCGUUGCUUCGUCUCCUACCUGCGCUCCGUCUACCUGAUGAGGAACAAGGACGUGUUCGACGUCUUCGAGCUCCGGCUGCACGAGUACGCGCUGUCCUUGGGCCUGGCGGUGGCGCCGCGGGUGCGCUUCCUCAACAAAGCUCAGGCGCAGGGAGCGGAGAAGAUGUCUGAGGAAGAGGAGGAACUGAGCGGCUUCAAAUCCCAGCUGAGAGGAGAUGUUCCUCUCCGGGAAGAGUCUGACGACGACGACGACGACGACGACCUGGGAGACGUCGACUUCCUGACGCUCAAGCGAAGGGUUGUGUUCAGUCCGGAGGAAGGACACCAGAAGCAGAUGGACGAAUCAGGCAAGAAGAAAAGCCAAAAGGUGACCAAGUUCAAAGAGGCCAAGAAGAUCCUCAAGAGGAACUUCAGAGUCAACACCAAAGUGUCCUUCACCGAGGAAGGACAAGCCACGCAGGUGUGGCCUCCCGUGCAGCGCUCGGCCGCCGGCCGCGAUGCGCCGCAGCGGGAAGACGAGGACGAGGAGGUGGAGGAGGAAGUGUCGGGGAUCGACGUGGAAAAGGCCAAGGAGCGGCUGAGGAGGGAGGACCGGGAGUUUGACAAGCAGGAGUACAGCCGCAAGGUGAAGGCCAAACACCGCGAGAAGAGGCUGAAGGCCAAAGCUGCCAGGAGGGAGGCCGGCAAGCAGCACGGAGCCGAGUCGGACGAGGCGGUGGCGUACCUGGCCACCGACGGCGAGGAAGAGUUCGACCCCGACACGCUGCCGGACCCCGACGACGAGGAGGAGGAGGAGGAGCGGGAGCGGAAUGAAGAUCGGCCCGCUAAACGCAGCUACAGCGGCGGUGAGGAAGGGGAGGCACCGGGGAGGAGGUGGAGGAAGAAGGCAAGGCGGCAGCAGGAGGAACACGCGGCGCUGGACACGGGACUGUCGCUGGUCGAGGACGAGGAACUGGUCCUGCAGCUGCUGUCGGGACGCGCGUGAAGCCGACAAGUCGCUGCCCGCUGGCGUCCAUUUUGGGGGAGAGCGCUUUUGCUUCCUUUAACCGUUGUCGCGUUGUCAUAUCAUCUCUCGUCCCACUUUAACGAUGUCCUCUUUCAUACGUGUACAUUCAUCGUGAUAUUCUGACUUGCAUAUAAAGUUAUUCUGUUAUGAAA